AUGUCACAGAAAACCGGUGUUUGUUUUCCUGGUUCUACUCUUGAGGGCGAUAGCAAGCUACUCUUGAAGGCUGUGGUUUUACUCCUCGAGCCUUUAGUAUCGUUGUCUUUCAUAAACUAUUCUGAUAUAAAUAAGGCCGUCUAUUUAUACACGUUGCAGCAACUGCAUUCAAUGAUAGAGCUCAGCCCUUGUAAGCGGAGGCAUGGAAAUGCAUUGUCUAAGGCAUGGUCUCCUGUUUCAGAAGUUAACAUUGCGAUCUCUGAUGACGAUGAACAAACCUGUGAAUUUGCCAUUGCAGAUAUCCCAUCGAUUCAGAAAAAUGUGGUGGUUCAUUCUCAAAUGAUCAAUGAUGUGUCGACUAACAAAGAUGGGACCAGCAAAUCAUCUGAUAUUCCUGUUGGUUUUACAACUCGAACGAAGGAUCGUACAAAUGUUAUGCCGACAAGAAUGACGCAGUCAGGAGGGCUCCCGCAAUAUAUGUUAACAUUUUCUCUUGGGAAGCUAUGGGAUCUUGGCAGAUGCAAUGGGGCUUGGGAAAACUGUGAUGACUAUUGCUCUGAUUCUUGCAAGGCAAGGCAGAGAUACCCUGAGGAUCAAGAAUCGAUUACCAAAAGUGAGGGUGAUACAGAUGGAAGGCACAAGGAUAUACUGUCAUCUUCUCUGAAUAAGAAUUUACUGAAUGAACAGGAUAAACUUGAAACACACUCAAAGCCAGAUAGUAUCUCCAUUUCUGUCUUUAUUGGUGGAGAUCGGAGCAGUGACCCUAGAGUGAUUGCUGAACCUGACAUGAUCUUGACCACAUACGGUGUCUUAACGGCUGCUUGUACGAAUGAUGGGGAGAAUAGCAUUUUCUACAGAGUUGACUGGUACAGAGUGGUUUUGGAUGAAGCUCGUACCAUCAAGUCCUCUAAAACUCUAGGUGCCCAGGCUGCCUUCAAAUUGUCAUCCUAUUGCAGGUGGUGUCUUACUGGUACCCCUCUCCAGAACAAGUUGGAAGACCUUUAUAACCUACUUUGCUUCUUGCAUGUUGAACCAUGGUGUAACUAG